GGCGGUGCAGUAGCAGCAGUGGCAGCAGCACUGCGGGUGUGCUCGGUGUGCGGCAAGAUGGGUUUCCGACGAACGUACGAUCUGCAACGGCAUAUGCUCUCUCAUGCAGCAGUGCGACCCUUCCAGUGCCCUCAUUGUCCUUACAGAGCAGCUCUCAAGUACAACCUUGAUGCUCACAUUCGACUCAAACAUCCAGAAGAAGCCCAGUCCGUACAAAGGAAUAGAGAUCCAGGAUUUACAAGUGGAAAUUUGACAGGAUCUGUAGCUCAGGGAGCAUUACAACAACAAUCCUGUGAAACGUCUGAUAAUGGAAACAGCUUUAUUCAAGUUGAAUGAGAUUAAAGAAAAUAAUGAUUUUAUGAAGAAUAUAUACCAGGUUUACAAGGAACGGAGUUGGGAAAGCGAGCUGUCAUGACAAGUAUCGGAGGAGGAGGUGGCAGCGCACUCAGGACAUCUUUCGUCUGUGCAGUUUGUGAAAAGAUCUUCAAUCACAAGGGCAACUUCAUGAAGCACUAUAGAACACAUACUGGAGAGAAGCCAUUCCAGUGCCCCAAAUGCCCCUAUAAAGCUACACAAAAAGCUCAUUUAACUACCCACAUGUUGGGAAGACAUGGAGAACUCCUCCAUGGCUAGUUUUGCAAGUACAAGGGUUGGUUACCACACUACUCACAAAGCCAGAUAUAAAGAAAUCUGGCCAAGAUACUCCUGUCUGUCAGUGGCAGUAAGCAAGUCAGUAUUAUAUGUAAUUUAUUUAACCAUUUGUAUCAGUGUUCUUUUGUUAUUGUUUUACUGAAUAUGUACUGCUUAUCAGUGUUUGAUAGUUAUGUGUAAAUUUUGAUCAUUAUGAUUUAUGAAUAAAGAUGUUAAGAAUU